UCAACAAUGGCUUCCAUGACCCCCAUCCUCUUGCGCUGCUCCCUGCUACUUCUCCUCCUUGUCCAGUCCACGCACUCCUCCGUAACCCCGAAGCCUAAGAACGCCAUUGCCGAGGAGCACGAGCAGGCUCAUCCUUCCAGCUCGAGCACCUACAUCGUCCUCACCAACCACCUCGCCAAGCCAUCCAAGUUCGACACCCUCGAUCGCUGGUACGCGUCCAUGCUGGGCAAGAACUCCAACCGCAUCCGCUACACCUACGGCACUGUCAUGCAUGGUUUUUCCGUUCGUCUCACGGACGGCGAGGCCCAGCGCAUGGCCACCGUCCCCGGCGUGUCCCGCGUGUACAAGGACAGGCUGUACCACAUCCAUACCACGAGGUCGCCGUGGUUCAUGGGCCUCCACGACGACUUCGGCGCGUGGCCGGACGCCGAGUUCGGCGACGGCGUCAUCAUCGGCUUGGUGGACACCGGCAUCUGGCCGGAGCGCGCUAGCUUCAGCGACGCCGGGCUCAGCCCCGUCAGGUCCACCUGGAGGGGCAAGUGCGUGGACGCCCCUGGGUUCAACGCCAGCUUGUGCAACAACAAGCUCGUCGGCGCCAAGUCCUUCGUCACAGCCGAUUCGAGUCCGAGGGACGUCGAGGGGCAUGGAACGCACGUGGCGUCAACGAGUUAAUUGCACAGAAGUACCACAAUUCAGGCAUCACAUGCAGAUUGGUACCACGAUUGCUAAUUUUUGCGUGUCAGUACCAACAUUGGUCCAAAUUUUUGCAAAUUGGACUAAAACGCGUAUUUAUACGUAUUGACGCCCGAUCCGACAGGUCGGGCCCACCCGUCAGGUGCCACGCUGGCCAAUCGGCGCGUGCCCGCGUGCUGACUAGGACGAGCCGGUGCGCUGCUGUCCUAACCGGCCCGGUCGCACCAGCUCCAGUCCGGCCGCACCAUUCCCCUCCCCCUCCUCCUCCUCGCUCGAACCCUAG